GAGCAGAAAUUGCAAUAGGAGCUGAUAUUUAUGAAUGGCUAAAGUAAAGCUUACUUUAGCAAAUUUUCCACCUCAAAAUUAUGACAAAACUACAAAACUUGAUCCUUAAACCAAAUCUUCUCAAGUUAAACUUGAAAGGUUAAGAAUAAAGGGCCACCUUCAUUACAAGAAUCUUUCUUUUGCUUUUUCCUUGCAUAAGAAAACUGCAUCUUCUCUUUAAGGACCAUCCAGACAGAGAAAUUAAAUAUAAGGAAUAUGAAAGGUAGAUUAAAUAAUCAUUUUUUUUUAAGGAAUUUGGCAAGUCAUUUAUGAGGGAGAAUGAUGAAAUGUCAGUUUGUGAGAGAGAAGAAAACAGUGUGAGUUUUGGUUUUUUCUUCACUUUCAUGCUUCACUUCAACCCUUAUCACAAGCUAACUUGUGUUUAGAAGGGAAGAGAAAAGCUGACACAUAGGAAAAUAGUUUCUAUGCGCUUCUGUAGGAUUUGGAGACUUGUAGUUGUCCACUUUCUGAAUAUCUUUUGGAUUUUUUCCAUUAUGGUGUGAGGGUUUCUGCUUGUGUUUCAAGGCUUCAAUUUUGAGAGAACUCCAAUGCUUCUUUAGAAUAUAAUAACAAAACAAAACAAAAACACUAUGGUAUCUGUGUUUUUUGUUUUGGUUACUAUUUUACUUUCUAUAAAUCAUUCAGAACAGCUUCAAUCCUCACACACUCAAACCCUCCUAAGAAUUCAACAACAAUUGAAUUUUCCUUCAGCUUUAAGCAAUUGGAAUAACUCCACAGAUUUUUGCAACACAGAUUCAAACUCUUCGCUCACUGUAGUAUGCUAUGAAGACACAAUAACUCAACUUCACAUAAUAGGUGAAGGAAAAACUCCACCCCUCCCUAAAAAUUUCUCGAUAGAUUCAUUUGUCACAACACUAGUAAAGCUUCCAAGUUUGAAAGUCCUCACAUUGGUUUCUCUUGGUAUAUGGGGUCCAUUACCGGGUAAAAUCGCACGCCUUUCGUCGUUGGAAAUCGUUAACAUGAGUUCAAAUCAUCUCUACGGUUCGAUCCCUGUCGAACUUUCAUCACUCUUGAAUCUUCAGACACUCAUUCUUGACGAUAACAUGUUUUCUGGUCAGGUUCCUACGGUUUCAGCCUUAACUGUGUUGAGUUUGAAAAACAAUUUGUUCAAUGGUUCGUUGCCGAAUUCGGUUAGUAACUUGGAGAAUUUGAGAAUUAUUUCACUUUCUCAUAACAAGUUAUAUGGUGUAGUACCUGAUUUGAGUCACUUGCGAAAUCUUCAAGUACUUGAAUUGGAUGAUAAUGCUUUUGGACCUCAGUUUCCUAAGCUUGGUAACAAGUUGGUUACUAUAGUGCUAAGAAAUAACAUGUUUAGGUCUGGUAUUCCUGCUGAUGUAAGCUCGUAUUAUCAGCUCGAGCGAUUUGACAUCUCAUCAAAUACGUUUGUAGGGCCAUUCCAACCAGCAUUGUUAUCGCUUCCUUCUAUUGCUUACCUCAACAUUUCUCGGAACAAAUUAACCGGAAUGCUCUUUGGGAAUCUGUCUUGUAAUUCUGAGCUUGAAGUUGUUGAUUUAUCAUCGAAUCUUUUGACUGGGAGCUUACCUAAAUGUUUAGUUUCAAAUUCUAUUGAUAGGACUGUUUUGUAUGCUAGAAAUUGUCUCGAGACGACGAAACAAAAUCAGCAGCCGCCGCCUUCUUGCCACACGGAAGCCUUAGCUGUGGGAAUAUUACCUGAUAGAAAGAAGAAAAAACAAGUAUCAAAGGUAGUUCUUGCCCUUGGUAUAGUAGGUGGAACUCUUGGAGGAGUAGCACUUGUUUUGCUGAUUUUGUUUAUUGUUAGAAGAGGAAAUGCUAGAAGCAAAAUGAAGAACCCUCCAACAAGAUUAAUAUCAGAGAAUGCAGCUUCUGGAUACACCUCUAAGUUGCUUUCUGAUGCAAGAUAUAUAUCUCAAACAAAGAAGUUUGGAGCACUUGGCCUGCCGACCUAUAGGAGUUUUUCAUUGGAAGAGAUUGAGGCAGCUACAAACAACUUUGACACAGCUUCUUUAAUGGGUGAAGAUUCUUAUGGAGAGAUGUACAGAGGUCAGUUGAAGAAUGGUUCAAUUGUUGUUAUUAGAUGUAUCAAAAUGAAAAAAAGAUACAGCACUCAAAAUUUCAUGCACCACAUGGAGCUUAUAUCGAAACUUAGGCAUCGCCAUUUAGUCAGCGCUCUUGGUCACUGCUUCAAAUGUUCUUUAGAAGAUUCAAGUGUCAGCAAAAUAUUUCUUGUCUUUGAAUAUGUACCAAAUGGUACACUCAGGAGCUGGACAUCUGAUGGCCACACUGGAAGAUCUCUGAAUUGGACCCAACGCAUUGGAGCUGCAAUUGGAGUAGCAAAGGGAAUCCAAUUUUUGCAUACAGGAAUUGUCCCUGGUGUAUAUUCCAACAAUAUCAAAAUAGAAGAUAUUUUAUUGGAUCACAAUCUUGUUGCAAAAAUUAGCAGUUAUAAUCUACCUUUGUUAUCUAACAUAGGAAAGGUUCGGCGUGGAAAUUCUUCCGAUGGAUCCAAACAUUCUAGUAUCAAUAAAAGGGGAAAACAUGAAGAUAAGUGUGAUAUAUAUGACUUUGGAGUAAUACUACUGGAAAUCAUUCUAGGAAGGACAAUAAAAACAACAAAUGACGCAGAAGCUUUUAAGGAUCUGUUGCAAACAAGCUUAGGAGCUGAUGAGGACGCUCGGAGGAGCAUUGUUGAUCCAGCAAUCCGCAAGGCAUGCUUGGAACAAUCACUGAAGACAAUGACGGAGAUAUGUGUGAGGUGUAUGAUUAAAGAACCUGCAGAAAGACCCUCCAUAGAGGAUGUUUUGUGGAAUUUGCAGUUUGCAGCUCAAGUACAGGAUGCUUGGAGAGGGGAUUCUCAAAGUAGUGAGGGGUCACCAGGUUCUCCUUUAGGGCCUCAAAGAACAGCCUUCCAUUAAUGUUAAUCCAGAAGGUUUUCACUUUUUUCUUUUCUAUUUUGUAUAUUUCAUUAUAAGGUUAAAAGAUCAGUGCCUACAGAAUUAAGGUUUAUAGUUUACAGGCUCAGAUUAGUACAAGUUCUUUAUGUUGUAACUUGCUCAAAAACUGCUGAGCUUUAUAAUGAAAAAUAUAUCAAAGUUUAAUUU